AUGUGGGUUCGUAUCCAUCAAGUAUGGAAGGAAAACAUGGGGCCUGGAUGCAACUAUCUUAGAUCGUCUAAUAGUUUACAAUGUCAUUGGUCCAUUAUACAUGCAACAGUAAACAACUUUGCAGGACACUAUUCUAAACUAGAAAGGCAUCCUCAGAGUGGUACAAACUCAAAAGACUUGAUUCACAAGGCGUUGGAUAUGUACGAAGAUAUAGAAGGUAGCAAAUUCAAAUGGGUUCAUUGUUGGGAAAUAAUGAUUAAAAAUCCAAAAUGGCAAUCGAAACAUGAUAAGAACAUUGCACCAGAUAGACAAGCAUAUGAUGAAAACAAGUCGCCUACAUCUGAAGAGUCUUUGCUGAAUAUCAUUGAUGAUAACGUAACACCUGAAGGUGUGGUGGAUGCAUUAAACAACUUGCAGUCCACUUUGGCAAAGCAGAUCAGUAUCAAUGAAAAAAUUUUGGAGAUGAGAAAGAAAAAUGAGGAAGAAAAUAUCCAGUUGAAUGAGGAAGAAAAUAUCCAGUUGAAAAGGCAAGCACUGAACAGGGAGAUGGAAAUGAAGAUGAAGGAACAAAGGAGAAAACGACAAGAACGGAUAAUGAACCAAGAUUUAAGCAAGCUUACACCAGUAGCUAGAGAUGCGUAUGAAGCCAUGCAAGUCAAGAUUUUGAAAGAAUGGGAAAAAGAUGAUAUAUUUGAAACUGAUAUAACAAACUCACAGCCUCACAGGUAUACUACGAUGUGCUUUUGA